AUGAACUCUUUGAGACAAAUUCUCAAUCCCAUUCUAACCUCAAAUUUAUUUAAGAACUUUUCAACUUCAACACAAAAUGUAGCGAAAAUAGGAGCCGCGCAGGAGGACCUCGAUAAAUUGUAUAAAUUCGUGGAAUUGGAAUUAAGAGGUAACGAUCCAGCGGUUUUAAAAAGCUUUAGCAAAUUCGCUGUUACCACUGGAAACCAUCUAGAUGUUGGUACAAAAUCGUGGACGUUACUUAAACCUAAUCAUGAGAGGUACACAUUACUGAAGUCUGUUCAUAUUUAUAAGAAACACAGGGUGCAAUACGAAUAUAGGACUUACUAUGCUUUUGUACAGUAUAAAUAUCUAACAGGGUCUACUGCAGAUACUAUUUUGGAAUACUUAGAAAGAAAUUUGCCUGAAGGUGUGGCACUUAAAGCUACUAAGGUUGAAGUUCAACCUGUACCAGAAUAUUUAGUCCAACCAGAGGUCGAAAAAACAUCUACUGUUAAGGUUGUAAAGCCUGCAGAAGAAAAUACUAACCCACCAUAA